AUGAAGCGGUUCCUACACGUCAAGAACGUGCCCAAACUCUACUGCGCUAAUGUGGACUCCUUCAAAUACUCCAAAACUGUGCCAACGCACGAGCUUUUGACUCGUUUGAACUACAUCAGUCAUCCCAAGGCAGGACUUGUCAACUGGUUGCCGGCUGGCUUGAGCAGCAUGAACAAGAUAUCCAACGUCGUUCGGAAAAGAAUGAACGAAAUCGAUUUCGAGGAGUUGGGGUUGAGUUUGAUCUCACAUAAUUCGUCGUGGAAGAAGACAGGGCGGUGGGAAACGGGACUGGAGUUCUUCAAGCUCGACGGCAAGGAGUACCUCUUGGUUCCUACCGCAGAAGAAGAGAUCACCAACCAUGUGGCCAGCCACCUCACCAGCUACAAGAACUUGCCGCUCUUGUACUACCAGAUCAACCCCAAGUUCCGUAACGAGAAGAGACCCAGAAGCGGCUUGCUUCGCGGGAAGGAGUUCAUCAUGAAGGAUGCAUACUCGUUCGACAUCGACGAGAAAAGCGCCAUGACUACCUACAAUAACGUUAUUGGAGCAUACACUCGAAUUUUCCAGGACCUCAGAUUGCCGUUCACCAAGGCUGCAGCAGAUACUGGGGAAAUCGGAGGCUCGUUGAGCCACGAAUGGCACUAUUUGCACGAAACUGGUGAAGAUACGGUGUUCAGUUGCGACAACUGUGGCAGCGUGUCGAACGUAGAGAAGACGUUAUCCUUCCCAGUGGAGGAGACAGAAGUUGCUGACGUUUCGGUCACAUAUUUCAUGACCAAGGAUAAAAGCACUUUGGUUUGUGCGUACUACCCCAAGGACCGUGAAUUACAACCUAAUUUUGUCAAGAAUGAAGUACCAGACUUGAAUGUUCACAUUACAGAUCAAGAAUUGAUUUUGGCCGAGUUCUCUGACCCCGACACUUUAAUUUCAAAGAAGAUCAUUCGUAUCAUGGACGCCAGACUUAAUUCAAGAUCCAACUUCCCCGACUUCCCUAUUUCAUUCAUCAACCGCUCGUUAAUCACUACUUUGUCUGACAUUCCAAUUGUAUCUGCUGAGGAAUUCGAGAUUUGUGGUGAGUGUGAGGAUGGCAAGCUCCAUGGUAACAGAGCCAUUGAAAUUGGACACACCUUUUACUUGGGUGACAAAUACAGCAAGCCGCUUGGCUGCUCGGUUGAGGUACCUGUGGGCAAUAAGACUGAGCGCAAAGAUUUGAUGAUGGGAUGCUAUGGCAUUGGAGUGAGUAGAAUCAUUGCAUCUAUCGGAGAAAUCAAUAAGGAUGACAAAGGAUUAAACUGGCCUAGAAUCGUUGCUCCAUGGGAAGUUACCGUUGUUGAGGCUGGUAAUGGAAACAAGGAGUUCGAGGAGGUUUACAGGUACCUUAACCAGGCAGGAUUGGACUACAGGGCAGACAACAGGCCUAAAGUAGGACUUGGAAAAAAGAUCAACCAGUCUAACUUGAUGGGGAUUCCUAUCACCGUGAUUUUGGGUAAGAAAUUUCCAAUAAUAGAGCUCGAGAUCCGGGGAAAGAAGUAUGGCGAUAGCUGGAAGCAGGUGUAUGAAAGCAGAGACUUCGAAUGGGAAGUUGAGUACGAAAAUGGCCAGGACAUCAAGCAUUUUGUACACAAGGAUGGAUUGUCCAGGGCGUUAGAGGGGUUGUUGGAGGAUAUGUAG